CCAUUCCAGCUGAAUAACUAUUAAAAUAUAUACAAUGAAAAAAUAAAAUAAAAACAUUUUUUAACUGUUUUUCAACUAUUUUUUUUCACUGUCAGUACAUUUAUAGUCUCACGGUGAGGCGCCAUUUUCCUGAAGAUCAGUCGAUGAGCUCCAGAACAAUGGCUGCCAGGAGACAUCACGUGACGGCUGUAACCGCCUUUGCUGAAGGAGUCUGACAUGAAGCCCCUUGGACCUUGUAGUUUUACGUGACGCCUUACGUCAUGACGUCGGUGUAGGAGGCGUCCCUUGUUUAAAAAGUGGCGGUGGCUUCUCCCCGGGUGACGGUGCUGGUAAAGGCGGCGGUUUCGGAUAUCAGGAGCGGCAGGAACAGGUCAGAGGCGGCGCUGCACGGAGUCACACGGAGCGCUCUCCUUUCUCACCCGGUAUCUCUCUCCGUUGCUGUCGGCUGUGAGCGGUCGGUGAUUCGCCAUGGAUCUGCAGGUGAUGAACAGACUGGUGACCGGGCAGGUGAUCAAGAUCAUGCGGAGUAACGGCGCGGUUCACGGUGCGAACAUCACGUCCAUCAACCUGGACCGAGGAAGCGUUCACGUGGAAUGGAAAGAAGCGGAUGCCUGUAAAGGGAAGGAGAUCACGUUCACAGAUGUGGUGACUGUGAACCCCGAGUUACUGGAAGCUGCUUAUGAUGCCCCCAGCGUGAAGGAGAAUAUGCCCCCGCAGAAGAACAUGGCCACCCAGAAUCAAAAAAGAAAAACCAUCUCCAGGAUUCCUGCGCCCAAGGACGUGUCGGCGCAGAGUGCGGUUGUGACAGAGAGCGGAGCACAGACAGCUCUACGUGGUCACACCACCAGGAUGAUCUCCAUCCCCGAAACUCAACUGGCCGAACAUCCGAUGGAGGUGGAGCCACUGGUACAGCCUGCUGUGCCGCCACCCCCCACCCCCGGUGUGAGAACACGAUCCACCAAACUGAGCAGCAUUGGGGAGCACCGGAUAUUACCGCGAGUGACCGAGACCGCCGAUGACUCCGCCUCCUCUAAUGCCAAGAACAGUCAAGCCAGGAGAAAAUCAAAUAUAGUGAAGGAAAUGGAGAAGAUGAAAAGUAAACGGGAGGAGAAACGCGCCCAAAUCUCCGAGAUGAGGGUCAAACGAACGCAGGACUAUGACACCACCAUACCUAACUGGGAAUUCGGGAAGAUGAUCAAAGAAUUCAGAGCAACUCUAGAAUGUCAGAGACUGAACGUAACGGAUGUGGCUGAAGAACGUCGUAUCUGUGUCUGUGUGCGGAAGCGUCCUCUAAAUAAACAAGAACUGGCCAAGAAGGAAUUCGAUAUUGUUUCCGUGCUCAGUAAGAACGUGGUCCUGGUGCAUGAGCCGAAGCUGAAGGUGGAUCUGACCAAGUAUCUGGAGAAUCAGGCCUUCCGCUUCGAUUACUCGUUCGAUGAGAGUGCGUCCAAUGAGAUGGUGUACAGGUUCACAGCCAAACCCCUGGUCCAGUCCAUAUUUGAGGGAGGGAAGGCCACGUGUUUCGCUUAUGGCCAAACUGGGAGCGGAAAAACACACACGAUGGGAGGCGACUUCUUAGGGAAAAAUCAGAACGUUACGAAAGGAAUCUACGCGUUUGCAUCACGAGACGUCUUCCUCCUCCUCUCUCAGCCGCGGUACAGGGACCUGGACUUGGAGGUUUUCGCCACCUUCUUCGAGAUCUACAAUGGAAAGGUUUUCGAUCUUCUGAAUAAGAAAGCGAAGCUCCGGGUCCUGGAAGACGCUAAGCAGGAGGUGCAGGUGGUGGGGCUGGUGGAGAAGGAGGUGACCUGUGCGGAAGACGUCUUCAAGAUGAUAGAAAUUGGCAGCGCCUGCAGAACUUCAGGUCAGACCUUUGCGAACAGCAGCUCUUCCCGCUCCCACGCCUGCCUACAGAUCAUCCUGCGGCGGAGGGGGCGACUGCACGGCAAGUUCGCCCUGGUGGAUCUGGCCGGGAAUGAGCGAGGAGCCGAUACGGCGAGCGCUGACCGCACCACACGCAUGGAGGGAGCGGAGAUCAACCGCAGCUUACUGGCCUUAAAGGAAUGUAUCAGAGCGCUGGGGCAGAAUAAAGCUCACACCCCGUUCAGAGAGAGUAAACUCACCCAGAUCCUGCGAGAUUCCUUCAUCGGGGAGAAUUCUCGGACCUGCAUGAUUGCGAUGCUUUCCCCCGGGUUUAACUCCAGCGAGUACACGCUGAACACGCUGCGAUACGCCGACAGGGUUAAAGAGCUGAGUCCUCACACUACAGACGCCUCCGACAACCAGAGGAUGGAAACUGAGAACGGGGACGAGGAGGGUCAGUCCAGUCUGGAGGAGUCCGAGGGCCAGGAUGAUGUGAGUGACGUCGGGGACCAGGAUGAUGUGAGUGACGUCGGGGGCCAGGAUGAUAUGACGCUGAAGGAUGAAGAACUUUCCUCCCACAUAAACAGUUUCCAGGACGCCAUGAGUCGUAUCGGAGAGCUGGAGGAGAAGAUGGUGGAGGAGCUGAGGGACAUCGUGCAGAAAGGCCCAGAAUGGUCCAACCUGUUGGAGAUGACGGAGCAGCCGGAUUAUGACAUGGAAGGUUUUGUCACACAAGCAGAGUAUCUCCUCCAGGAAGGAUCCAAGUAUCUCAUCGCUCUGAGCGAGAGCGUGUCGUCCCUGCGCGAGGCGAUGCAGAUGGAGGAGCAGGCCAGCAAGCAGAUGUUUAAAAAGAGGAAACCCAAUAAAUGAUGGAUCGACCCCUGUGAUGUCCUUUAUAUAUAAAUAACCGUUUGUCUUAUUUUUAAUGUUUCCGCAGUGUUUCUAAUAAUGAAUGUAGGUGAAUUGUCGUGCGCUAACUGCUGCUCCCCCCACAAUGCACUUCCCCUGCCCCCUGUAGGAGAUGAUGACUCUGGGGUCUGCAGCUUCAUCAUCUCACAGCGCAGGAUGGGCCCCGGGGGCUCCUGAGUUCAUCUGUUUGGACUAUGACAGUGUACAGUUUUUUUAUUUGUUUAUAUCCGUGCAGAGAUCACUGGACAACAACCAGUUAAUUUUAAUAUUGAGCAAUAAAAAGCCUUGAA